UAGAAAACUCCGAUACCCUGCAACGCAACUGCUAACGUUUCACUGUGCUACGAAGCUGUCGCCCGGUGUAGUCAUCACACUGCGGCGUCGACUGCAUUCACUGUAAGCAAGUUUUGAUUUAUUCGCAACGGCGAACUACUGCGCACCACCUGAUCCUCCAACCGAUACGACGGCGACUAAAUGUGGCAGCGCCGGGUCAUAGUAUCAACGGUUGAUGCUGAUGCUAUAGUAAGUUCGCCGCAGCCUUUUUCAGCAUUUGCGAUGACGCAAAAAGACUUGGACGUGCUGUGCGAUGCACUCGCCGAAAUGUCAGCGGAAGAACUGCUGUCCCUGAAGAAAGCCGACAUCUGGUGGCUACCAGACUUGGAGGAUGAUACGGCGGCGCAGGCCAUGCGCGCCAUUCGACAUUCCCUGGAACGUUUUGAUGCGCUUGACGCCCGUACCUUCCUCGUUGCGUGGCUCUAUUGCUGCCUCGCGGAGCGGCAAGUACUUCGCUCGUGGCGUUCGUAUCGUAUCAGCGGAGCCCCUUCUCCCGCUGUGGCGCGUAAAGUCCGCUUCAUUCUGCACGAGCGAUUGGCGAGCGUUUUGAAAUAUCCGGGUUGCCAUACCAACUGCGCUAAGACUGAGAGUGAAGGUGUCGUCUACGCCUGCGUCAUGGCCACGCCUCUCGGAGACCCGUCAUUGGAGCACGACGUCAUCGGCUUGUGCGCUCCGCGUUCGCUGCCGUAUCUGUUCGUUCACGCCGCGACGAGAUGCGAGCCCCGUGUCACUGCCGCACUCCACGUCGUGCUGCAGAAAGACCCCGAAAAAAUACUCGAAGGCCACUUCGACAAACUUGGAUUAGCAAUUGCCCGUUGCCGUGAGCACAGGGCUGACGAUGGUGCACAGUUGAUGAGUAAUGCACCAGACGACAAGACAGGACCCGUCUUGAAGACUUGCGACCGGAACGACGAAACAGCAGCCGACCAACCUGGACAGCCUUCUGUGGCAAAGCCGCCGUUAUCAAGAACAGAAAAGGACGAUUCCAGUAGCAGGCAAAGUGACCAGCAAAAUUAAGGGCAUUUUCAUCUAGCAAGACUCCCACAAGCUCCUCUACGAGUGCUCCAACCAAACAAAGGAGGCCUCCUUCGCUUGUCCAAGCAGCGGAAGCGAAUGGUACAAAGAACGUGUGUAGUGCGUUCGUGAAAGGUCGCCGAAUAGGGGACACAGUGUUGCGAAGUUAAUUGAGCACUACGAAGAUUUGACGAAGCAUGUGUGAACCCUACGAAAGAAGCGUCUCUCGAAGCAGGAGCCCUUCAGUCCUUGCCCUGGACCCAAUGAGCUGUCGUAUCUAAUCCACAUCACGUGGCCGCAGAAUUGUGGUUAUGGAUACUGACGACCACAUAUGCCUUCCCUGACUGUAAAGAAA